AUUGAACCAAUGCCUUGGGGGGAGUUACUACUGAUCAUCCAAUCAUGUACAUUUUUGGGAGGGACAAACCCAUCUAUCGACCAGUUGAAUCUAACAGGUGGAUUAAUAAAGAACAGACUUGAGACCUUGUGCCAGAAGUGGAGAUAUGGACCCAAAGACGCCCCCAGAUGUCCCCUGGAUGGGGCGCGGAGGAGGACUGCAGCCUCAGGAGCCGGCUAUGGGACGAAGUAGAGGACUGCUGCUCUCUACAGAAGGGUUCAGUGUAGGAAGAGCCAGAGGUUUCCCCACUCCCAGCAUUACUCUCGGACGAGGAUUAGCUCUACCCGCUGCUGAUCCAGUGUUCGGCCGAGCCAGAGGUCUGCUCUUCCUGGCCGCUGAGCCAAAAGUUGGGGUUGCAAGAGGUGCAAUCCUUCCUCCUGUGGAGCCGCAACAACAACCUCCCACGACGAAAGACCCCACUCCGACAACAAAAGAGGUUGACGCACCUUCACUCGGUCCAGGAUCAACACUGGUCUCAAUGUUUAGAGGAAUGGGCAUCGACCCCUCCAUGGCCUCCUGGGGGAGAGGAGCACCAGCACUGGGAAGAGGAGCAGCUGGAGAUUUGGGUGAGCUGCAACCAGUCGGUGCCAUCAGCAAACCAGAAGGCCAACUGAAAGAGGUGACGGUCCGAGGCAGCAGUUUCCAAGAGGUUUUUCGAGGUUCGGCCCCUCAGACGAUGAUGGGGCUUGGAAGAGGGGCGAUGCCUUUCCCCGGAUCCGGAAGAGGACGAGCUCUCCCUCCUGUUUCUCCAGGUCGAGUUGAGCCAGGUCCACAAACAGCUGCCCCACACCUUCAGACUUCCCCCACAGGAACCGUACCCCCGAUGCCCAUUACUCGAGAGGAGCUGGCUCCAGCAAAGGUGGAGUUUUCUUCUGUUUCACCAGCAAAGGAGAUGAAAAUGGAGGCAGUCCAGGAGGCUAUUAAUAAAGCUGGAACAAAAGGAACUGCAAUAACGAUCGGCUCAAACCACAUCAUGAUUCGUUGCAAGAACGAAGCCGUGUAUCAGUACCAUGUGACAUUCACUCCAAAUGUGGAAUCAAUGGGGAUGCGUUUCGCCAUGAUGAAAGAUCACCGCGAGACCACAGGAGAAGUUAUAGCUUUUGAUGGAUCCAUUCUCUUCCUGCCUGUUCAAAUGCAAGACGUGGUUCAUCUCAAGAGUGUGAGACGAACCGAUAACGAGGAAAUAGAUAUACGAGUCCAGAUGACGAAGAUUUUGCCACCAAACUCGGAUCUAUGCAUCCCGUUCUACAAUGUGGUGCUCAGGAGGGUAAUGAAAAUCGUCGGGCUGAAGCUUGUCGGUCGAAAUCAUUACGAUCCAGAGAGCGCCGUCGUCCUUGGAAAACACCGGCUGCAAGUGUGGCCAGGUUAUUCAACCGCUAUCAAGCGCACAGAUGGAGGCAUGUACCUGAACGUGGACGUGUCGCACAAAGUCCUGAGGAAUGACUCGGUGCUGAAUGUCAUGAACGUAAUGUACCAAGACUGCACGGAGUACUUCCAGGACGAAUGCACCAAAGAGCUCAUCGGAAACAUUGUCAUCACGCGAUACAACAACCGCACGUACCGUAUCGACAGCAUCGAGUGGGACAAGUCGCCCAAAGACACGUUCACUUUGAUGGACGGCACCCAAACCACCUUUGUGGAAUACUACAGCAAGAACUACGGGAUUACAAUUAAAGAGAUGGACCAACCGCUGCUCAUGCAUCGCCCGAAGGAGAGGGCCAAGCCAGGAGGAAAGCAAAUCAUCACUGGAGAGAUUCUGCUCGUGCCGGAGCUUUCCUUCAUGACGGGAAUCCCAGACAAAAUGAGGAAGGACUUCAGAGCCAUGAAGGACCUGACCAUGCACAUCAAUGUGAGCGGAGAGCAGCACACGCACGCCAUCAAACAGCUUCUGAAGAACAUCAGCACCAACCCUGAGAGUCAGAAGGAGCUGAGCCGCUGGGGCCUGGACCUCGACUCCAAUAUCAUCUUGGCUCAAGCCAGAGUUCUUCCCAUGGAGACCAUCUGUCUGCAGUCCAACUCUUUCACCUGCGGCUCCGAUGUCUCCUGGUCCAGAGAGAUCUGCAGGGAUCGUUCAAUCAGCUCAGUCCCACUGAACAUCUGGGCCAUCUUCUACCCUCGCCGCUGUGCGGAGCAGGCGGAGGAGCUCGUCUCCGUCUUCAACAAAGUGUCCGGUCCCAUCGGGAUGAGGCUGGCGCGACCGAUCCACGUGGAGCUGAAGGAUGACCGCGUCGAGACCUACGUCAAAAGCAUCCACUCUCAGCUCACCAGCGAGCCCAACAUGCAGCUGGUGGUGUGCAUCAUGGUGGGAAACAGAGACGAUCUGUACAGCGCCAUCAAGAAGCUCUGCUGUGUCAGAAGCCCCAUCCCAUCUCAGGCCAUCAAUAUCCGGACGAUUUCCCAGCCGCAGAAGUUGAAGAGUGUGGCCCAAAAGAUUCUCCUGCAGAUGAACAGCAAGUUGGGAGGAGAGCUGUGGACGGUCAAUGUCCCUCUGAAACACUUGAUGGUGGUGGGUGUUGACGUCCACCAUGACACCAGCAAAUCUCAUCAAUCAGUCAUGGGCUUUGUCGCAAGUCUGAACAGCUCUUUGACCCGCUGGUACUCCAGAGUCACUUUCCAGUCUCCCACUGAAGAACUGAUAUAUGGCUUCAGAGUUUGCUUACUGGCUGCACUACGGAAGUACUAUGAAGUGAACCACAACCUGCCGGAGAAGAUCGUGGUGUAUCGUGAUGGCGUGUCGGACGGUCAGAUGAAGAUGGUGGAGCAGUACGAGAUCCCACAGCUGAUCAAAUGCUUUGAGACUUUCCCCCACUACGAGCCCAAGCUGGUGUUCAUUGUGGUGCAGAAGCGCAUCAACACCACCCUCUACGCCUUUUCUGGAAACAACGUGGCCACACCUCCACCUGGAACCAUCCUGGAUCACACCCUCACUCAGAAAGACUGGGUGGAUUUCUAUCUGAUGGCACAUAGCAUCCGCCAAGGCUGUGGACUCCCCACUCACUACGUCACUCUGUACAACACGGCCAACCUCUCUCCGGACAUUCUGCAGCGGAUGACCUUCAAGAUGUGCCAUUUGUACUGGAACUGGCCGGGCACCAUCCGGGUUCCCGCUCCCUGCAAGUACGCCCACAAACUGGCCUUCCUGUCGGGUCAGUUCCUGCACUCUGAGCCGGGCAUCCAGCUCUCCGACAAGCUCUUCUUCCUCUGAGCUGCUCCGGUAUCUUCCCCCGGCAAACUGCUCACGGCAAAACCAGAAAAUCUUAACCGGAUGACAACAGACUCAUUGGAUGCUAUGAAGGAUUCAUUACAAGUAUUUUCCUAUUCAGAUCAAGCCUUAAAGGGUAACACCAAUAUUCUACUACUACUGUAAUAAUGAUGUGUUGCAUAUAAUCGUUCUAAGUUCAAAACCAGUGGAAAGUUUGGAGCAAGUUUUCUUUAGUUUUUAAAGUAUAUUUUAGCCUUUGUUCCUGUGGCAUAAGGAUUGGUCUCUGUUCUGUUAAUGUUCAGACCCUUCCACUGUGACAGAUUUUAAUUUGUAUAAACAGGUUAAAGAUUUAUAACAUUUGAUUUGAAAUAAAGAGAUUUGGAAGUUAAUA